AUGAAGUGGUUUGUGCUUUCCGUUCUAGCAUGCUUAGUAGCUCAUGAAGCUAAUGCUCAACGGAUGUUGGGUCGGUUGGGUCUGGGAGGUUUAGGGACAGGUUUGGGUUAUGGAGACGAAAUGCUUGGUCUAGAUGGCGGUUUAGGCGUAGGCAGCGGGCUGGGUUAUGGAGGAUUAGGUUUAGGAACAAGCGGAGCGGAACUCGACAAACUCGGUCCCAAGUCUCUUGAUACUUCGAUUUGCGAGGGAUGUUUGGCUUCAACAAAUAUUAGUUUUGUCCGUCUACGUUUCGCCUUUGCUCACGUUCGUGCGAUGUAA